UAACGUCAGAGGGGAGGGGUGGGUCGAGUUCUCUAUUAGCCUGGAUACCUUUAUUCCCUCUGCCUGUCUGCCUGACAAUGGAGCCGGAGCUCGACGGAGAUCUGCACAGAGACUGGACGGUGUUGAUCUCCUGGAUCUUUCGUGCUUGUUAGGGCAGAUAGCUAAGCAAGCACCCGGCCAUUGUGUUGUGACGCUGAGAAAGAAAGUAGUCUGCGCUGUGGAUAACACACUGGUAGCGGGGGGCGGGGAGAGACACCUGGGACGACUCUGCUUCUGUCUUUGUUUGCUUUCUCUGUAAAGAUGUCCACUUUGGCUGCGAUGUUACUGCUGCUAGUUCUGUGUUUCCCCAUCAGUACAUCUGAAGGCGCAUCAUCAGCAACCCGGAAGUGUGAGGACAGCUUGGUCACACCUCUUCCCAACAAAUUCUUUCAUGGUUCAUCAGAAUAUGGCCGAGGAUAUGGAGCUGCUUUUGCUAAACUCAACAGAAUACAAGGAGCUGGAGGGUGGUCACCUUUGGACACAGACCGUUACCAGUGGCUGCAAGUAGAUCUGGGCUCAAGAAAGCAAGUAGUUUCCAUAGCAACUCAGGGCCGCCACAGAAGCUACGAUUGGACAAGUCAAUACCGGCUGCUUUACAGUGACACACCCAACAACUGGAGGCCCUAUUUAAAGGAUGGAAAUAUUUGGACAUUCAAGGGGAAUAAUAAUAGUGACAAUGUUGUACGUGAAGACCUACAACAUGCUAUAGUGGCACGCUACAUCCGCUUCAUCCCUUUGCACUGGAGCCAAAAGGGGCGAAUUGGACUCCGCUUGGAACUUUAUGGCUGCUCAUACUGGGCUGAUGUAAUCAGUUUUGAUGGCCACAGCAUCAUCUCUUAUCGCUUCAGGAGUAAGAAGAUGAAAACUCUGAAGGAUGUUAUUUCUCUGAAGCUUAAAACCACGGCCAGAGAUGGAGUGCUACUGUAUGGUGAGGGACAGCAGGGAGACUACAUCUUGCUGGAGCUUCGCAGGGCAACAAUGAAGCUUAGCAUAAAUUUAGGUAGUAGUCAGUACAAUCUGAUUCAGGGUCACACCUCUGUAACCAGUGGAAGCUUGUUGGAUGAUGGUCACUGGCACUCUGUUGUCAUUGAGCGUUACCGUAGAAAUAUCAAUUUCACAUUGGACCACCACACUCAUCAGUUCAGGACUAAUGGAGAGUUUGAGCACCUGGACCUUGACUAUGAGCUCACGUUUGGAGGACUUUCUGAAUCUGCAAAGAUGAGUUUUGGUGGCAAAGAGAAUUUUGUUGGUUGCAUGGAGGGAAUUACCUACAACGGAGACAACAUUACCAACUUGGUGCGCAGGAAGAAAGUUGACACCUCUAGCUUUCGUAACCUGACAUUCACCUGUGCUGAGUCGAGUUCCUUUCCUGUCUACUUUAACUCUACAUCUUUGCUACGGCUGCCAGGUCAGAGGGACAGUGAUGUUCUUUCAGUGAGCCUGUCUUUCAGAACGUGGAACCCCAGCGGAGUGCUGAUGUUCACACAACUGGCCAAGGGUUGGUUGGAGCUGGGACUGAUUGACGGCAAGGUCACGGUCUACAUAAAUGUGACACAGAAGAGGAGCUCACAUAUUGACAUUUCCUCAGGGCUAGGUUUGAAUGAUGGCCAGUGGCACAGCGUCCACUUGAAUGCACUGGACAACUACGCCAUGCUGACAGUGGACGGAGAUGAGGCAUCCACUGUUAGGACAGCUAUUCCUGCCCAGAUCAAGACAGGAGGGACCUACUACUUUGGAGGUUACGUCUCACGCACUGACAGUCGGUCAUUACAGCGCUCAUUCCAGGGAUGCAUACAGAUGAUCCACAUAGAUGACCAUCUGGUGGACCUACGAGCUCUGGAGGACGGUCACAUUGGAACUUUUGAAAAUGUUAGCCUGGAUAUGUGCGCAAUUAUAGACAGAUGUGUUCCUAACCACUGUGAGCAUGGUGGGAAAUGCUCCCAGACAUGGGAUACAUUCAGCUGCAACUGUAGUGGCACUGGCUACUCUGGAGCAACUUGCCAUACUUCACUGUUUCAGCAGUCCUGUGAGGAGUAUAGGCAUCAGGGAAGGAGCUCAGGCAGCUUCUGGAUUGACCCUGAUGGUAGUGGCACUAUAUCCCCUUUCAGAAUACACUGUGACAUGACAGAAGCCAUGGAUUGGACCAUUCUAAGGAACAACCUGUCUCCUGAGAUGUCAGUCUCUGCUGUAGACAAGGAUGGAAAAGCAGUAAUUCAGAUUAAUUACAAUAUCACCGAAGAACAGGUGUUGUCAGUUACCAGCAGAGCAGAAAGGUGUGAACAGUAUGUAGCUUACACCUGCCGAAUGUCUCGCCUGCUUAACAGUCCAGAUGGCUCUCCAUUUACCUGGUGGGUGGGAAGAGACAACAAAAGACAUUUCUACUGGGGCGGCUCAGGACCUGGGAUACAGAAGUGUGCCUGCGGUAUUGAAAACAACUGUACUUCUUCCAAACAUUACUGUAACUGUGAUGCUGACCUACGAACCUGGAAAGAGGAUGCAGGCCUGUUAGUGUAUAAAGACCAUUUGCCGGUGAAUAAGGUUGUGGUUGGUGAUACAAGCAGAGCCGGAUCUGAGGGCAAACUGACUGUUGGGCCUCUUAAAUGCCAGGGGGAUCGCAACUUCUGGAAUGCAGCAUCCUUUAUCAGCCCCGCCUCUUCACUUCACUUCAAGUCUUUUCGAAGUGAAACCAGUACUGAUAUCUCCUUCUACUUUAAGACGUCUUCCAAUCGUGGAGUCCUACUGGAGAAUCUGGGAGCCAGCAACUUCCUUCACAUUGAAAUCAGAGGAGGCUCAAUGGUCCUGUUAUCUUUUGAUUUUGGAAGAAACCAGAUGGAACUCACUGUUCACUCACCAAAGCCUCUAAAUGAUGACCAGUGGCACCGGGUUGAGGUUGAGAAGAACAUCAAAGAGGCAGUGCUACAACUUGAUGGUCAGUAUAGAGAGGUCAAAGCUACCCCACCGCUGGGACACACAGAACUGGAGUUCUACAGUGAUCUUUAUAUUGGUGCUUUGAGUGGUCAAAGGGGCUUUCUUGGCUGCAUGAGGGCUCUGAAAAUAAAUGGUAUCUUCUUCAAUCUGGAAGAGAGAGCAAAAGUGACACCAGGAGUGAAGCCAGGCUGUCAGGGCCACUGUAGCAGCUACAAUAUGCACUGCAGGAAUGGAGGGAAGUGUGUGGAGCAAUACAAUGGAUACUCAUGUGACUGCUCUCUCAGUGCAUAUGAUGGACCCUUCUGCACUGAUGAUGUAGGAGGAUAUUUUGAAGCAGGAACCCUGGUGCGUUAUGAUUUUCUGACAGAUCAUGGAGCAUCUUUGCUGGGCGACCCAAGGAGCUUUUUAGAUGUUGGUAAUUUAGUCAACCUCACUCAGGAAGAGCUAGUCUUCAGUUUUAGCACGUACAGUGCUCCAAGCAUUCUGAUGUACAUCAGUUCAAGAUCCCAGGACUACAUGGCUGUGGUACUGCGAAGCAAUGGGUCUCUUCAGGUCCGUUACAGUCUUGGUGGACUAGCAGAGCCUUACACCAUAGAUAUUGAUCAUCGCAACAUGGCCAAUGGACAGCCACACACAGUAAACAUAACAAGGAAUUUAAGGAAGAUUCAACUACAGCUUGAUCACUAUACCACAUCAACAUACAUGCUACCCGAAGCUUCUGACACACAGUUCAACUUGGUCAAAAGUAUCUUUCUUGGAAAGGUCUUUGAAACUGGACAGAUUGACCCCAUUUUAAUUGAACGCUACAACAGCCCAGGCUUUGUUGGAUGCUUAUCCAGAGUUCAGCUGAACAAUGUGGCACCGCUGAAAGCAGCACUUCGUUCAGGCAUGAAAGCUCCAGUCAGCAUCCAUGGAAUACUGGUUCAGUCCAACUGUGGAGCCUCACCUCUGACCAUCCCCCCCAUCCAACCUGCUAAUGACAUCUGGCAAAUAGAUGCUGGUUCAGCGCUUUUCUCCUUUAAAGAUGAAAAGACUGGUGCUGAUGCUGUUCAUCACAAUUUUGCAGUGAUUGGAGGUACAAUCUCCCUGGUCAUCCUGUCAGUGUUGUGCAUCUUGGUGUUCGUUAUUCGCCAUAUGUUUCGUCACAAGGGCUCAUACCACACUAACGAGGCCAAGGGCGCAGAGUCAGCAAACUGUGCUGAUGCAGCCAUUAUAGUCAAUGACCCAGCCUUCACUGAAACAAUUGAUGAGAGCAAGAAAGAGUGGUUCAUCUGAAGUCUAGAAUAGCCAUGAACAUGUCACAUUGGGAAGAUGGAUUUUCUUUUUCAAGCUUUGGAGUAUGUAGGCAGUGGAAGAGCUUUUAUUUUAAAAACUUUGGGGACAACAGACACUAUGUGAAUACAGAGUAAGUGUUAUGGCAUAAAGCACAGCCAGAGCCUGUCUUAAUCAAUAAAGAAUAAAUAAUGGCUUUGGGCAAAUUUCUUUUAAAAUGGACAAUGCAACAAAGUAAAAACCUUCACAGGAGAGUGCCAUAAAAUCAAAGAAUUAAAGUAUCUUGGUGCAUGUGACUUUUUUAUCAUUCUAAAAUAAACUCUGUUUUGUCUUUUGUCAAGUUUUUUUAUAUAUAAAAAUGUUUUUAGCUUUACUUUAACCUUAUUUGUAUAUUUAUUUUUAUAUUAUUUAUCUUUGUUUUUUUUGUAUGUUUGAUCUUCAUAAAAUUUGAAAAUGAUUGUAUAAAUUAUGCCACAAAACAUCGCUAUUUAUAACUAUUUGAAUUUUAUCGUUUGUUUUUACCAUAUUUAAACACUUGAUCCAUUUUGAUUAAAAUCUUUUUGUGUGUUUUUGCCUGCCUCUAUGUAAAGAUGAUGAAGCUCUGACUGUCUUUGAAACAUUUAGGCUUUUUUUAUUGCAUUUUACAUGAUAGCGUUGGC